AAAUUAAUUAUAACAAUAAUAUUAUACACUAUAUUGCCAAAAGUAUUGGGACACCCCUUCAAACCAUUGGAUUCAGAUGUUCCAAUUAGCCCCAUGGCCACAGGGAAUAAAAUCAAGAACCUAGGCAUGCAGACUACUUCUACAAAUAUUUGUGAAAGAAUGGGUCACUUUCAGGAGCUCAGUGAAUUCAAGCGUGGUACCGUGAUAGGUUUACACCUGUAAUAAGUACAUCUUUCCUUGCUACUAAAUAUUCCACGGUCAACUUGGUAUUAUAACAAAAUGGAAGCAACUGGAAACAACAGCAACUCAGCCACGAAGUGGUAGGCCACAAAAAAUGACAGGACGGGGUCAGCAUAUGCUGCAGCUCACAGUGUGCAGAAGUCUCCAACUGUCUCUAGAGUCAAUA